AUGGACGGCAUGAUACGUGCCACGAUGCAUGGUGUUACGCGGCAUGAUGUAUGGCAUGACAUAUGGUAUGGCAUGGGGUGUGGCAUGGUGUCGCGUGUUCCGCACUCGCAGAGCCGGGGAGGCGAGGAGGAGGAGGAGGAGGAGGCGGACGGUGCCAUGUAUCAGCUGGAGAUGAUGCGCUGCCUGCGCGAGGUCAAUGUCGACAACAACACCGUUGGCUGGUACCAGUCGACAACGCUGGGUUCCUUCCAGACGGCGGACAUGAUAGAGACGUUCGCGAGCUACCGGGAGAACAUCAAGCGCUGCGUGUGCCUCGUGUACGACGCCGACCGGGCGGCCGUCCGCGGGACUGUGGCGCUCAAGGCGCUCACUCUCAAGGCGCCGUUCCUCGAGAUGUUCAAAGCGGGCGCGCUGACGGGGGAGAAGUUGAGGGAGAGUGACACAUCGUGGGCGGGGAUAUUUGAGGAGAUCCCAGUGAAAAUGGCCAACUCCAUGCUCGUCUCCACGCUCAUCGCCUCCCUGCACCCCCCCGCUGCCGACGCUGCUCCCUCGCGCACCGACUUUGACCGCCUGCUGCUGGGCACCAACCCCUUCCUCGAGACCAACCUGGGGUGCCUCUCUGACUGCAUGGAUGAUCUGAGUGCGGAGCAGCAGCGGUUCCAGUACCACUAUCGCAGUGUGCAGCGCCAGCAGCAGCAGCAGCUAGCAUGGGUGCAGAAGAGAAGAUCGGACAAUGCACUGAGGAGGGCAGCAGGGGAGGAGCCGCUACCAGAGGAGGAUCCCACCAACCCCAUCUUCAAGCCCAUCCCGGAGCCCUCGCGCAUUGACAUGCUGCUCACCACCAACCAGAUCGCCAACUACUGCGCGCAGAUCAACGAGACCGUCGAAACUCUCCGUUUGUGCCAAUAUCGAGGGAUGGACGCGUCGGAGAGCGCACAGGAGCUGCAGGUGCAAACGCAGGAGGUGACAAUGGAGGGGGAGACGCCGUCGCGGCAGGUGCGAGCGACGGUGGUGCAGGCGGCCACAGUGAUGUACAACACGCCUGCCACGCUGGACAAAGCCGAGCGACUGUUGGCGGAAGCGGCGCAGCUGGGUAGUCAGCUGGUGGUGUUCCCAGAGGCGUUCAUAGGCGGCUACCCCAGGGGCGCCAGCUUCGGAGUGCUGGUGGGGUCGCGCACGGACCGAGGGCGCGACGAGUUCCGACGCUACCACGCCUCCGCCAUUGAUGUGCCGGGUGGGUGGAGAGGGGUGGACGUGGGAAUGUGGGGCGUGGGCGUGGUUAUGAAGGUGCUUGUAAGGUUGCGCACGGACCGAGGGCGAGACGAGUUUCGACGCUACCACGCCUCCGCCAUCGAUGUGCCGGGUCCCGAGGUGGCGCGCCUCGCAGCAGCAGCGGCCAAGUUCGGAGUAUUCGUCGUCAUGGGGGCGAUUGAGCGGGCGGGCGGCACGCUCUACUGUUGUCCCGAGGUGGCGCGUCUCACAGCAGCAGCAGCCAAGUUCAGCGUCUUCGUAGUCAUGGGGGCAAUCGAGCGGGCGGGUGGCACACUCUACUGCUCCGUACUGUUCAUCGACCCGCGCCUGGGGCUGGUCGGGCGGCACAGGAAGACAGUGCCGACUGCUUUGGAGCGCGUGAUAUGGGGGUGUGGCGACGGCAGCACGGCAGCAACGGUGGUGGAUGGGGGGGGGGUGGGGCGAGUGGGCGCUGCAGUGUGCUGGGAGAAUCGCAUGCCCAUGGUUCGCAUGGCGCUGUAUGGGAAAGGUGAGUCUUGGGACUGGGAAAGUACUCUCUCCCUCAUUCAUUCUCCUUCCCCUUGUUUCACUCCAUCCCCCUCAGGAGUGGAGCUCUACUGUGCGCCCACAGCACACUCUCGCGACUCCUGGCAGGCCACCACCGUGCACAAUAUGCCUCCUCGCUCCCUCUCCUCUCCACGUCCCAUGCCUCCUCUCCCACAAUUCGUCCCUGUGUUUCACCCCUGCCUCAUCGCUCCCAUCCCCUCCCCUGCAGGAGUGGAGCUCUACUGCGCGCCAACAGCAGAAUCGCGGGACUCCUGGCAGGCCACGGUGCAGCACAUACCUCCUCCCUCCCUCCCCAUCCUUCCACUUGUUUCACUUCAUCCCCUCCCCUGCAGGAGUGGAGCUCUACUGCGCGCCAACAGCAGACUCUCGGGACUCCUGGCAGGCCACGGUGUAGCACGUGCCUCCCCACCCAUCCCUCUCCACCCUUCCCCAUGUUUCACUCCUCCGUGUUUUCCAUCCCCUGCAGGAGUGGAGCUCUAUU